GGGGGAAAGGAGCCGCUUUCCGCUCGCGGAUUUGGCGCAUGGCGGCGAGACCGGCAGGCAAAGCCGGAAAACAGAGGCGGGAAGGGGCCGGGGCCGGAGUGGGAGGCCGUGAUUGCGGCGGCUUCCCGCGGGGUUUCUCGUGGCCGCGGCGGCAGCGGCUGCUACUCGGCCUUUCGGGAUUUUUCAAACAGCCGUGGCGGGAAAAACCGCCACCGCGGCGGGAGGGGAAGGGGAAAAGGGGAGAGUGAGCAGCGGCCGCCGGGCCCCGCGGCCAUGGCCUCGCUCCCGGAGGAGAACCGGCUGCUGCAGCAGGAGCUGGCCCGCGUCGAGGACCUGCUGGCGCAGAGCAGGGCCGAGCGCGACGAGCUGGCCAUCAAGUACAACGCCAUCAGCGAGCGGCUGGAGCAGGCGCUGCGGCUGGAGGCGGGCGAGCGGGAGCCGCCGGCAAGCCGGGUCCCGGCGCAGCAGCACCUGGAGCUGCGGCGGCUGCUGGACGACGAGCACGCCGCCUACAAGCGCAAGCUGCAGGCCUACCAGGAGGGCCAGCAGCGGCAAGGGCAGCUGGUGCAGAAGCUGCAAGCCCAGGUGCUGCAGUACAAGAAGAAGUGCGGCGAGAUGGAGCAGCAGCUGCUGGAGACGUCGGCUGAGCUGGAGCAGGAGCGGCUGGUGGGCCAGCUGGAGGCGAGCGGCCCGCGCCUGGACGAGGACACCGGCCACGACCUGGAGACGGCGCUGAUCCGCCUGGAGGAGGAGCAGCAGCGGAGCGCCAGCCUGGCGCAGGUGAACGCCAUGCUGCGCGAGCAGCUCGAGCAGGCCAACGGCGCCAACCAGGCGCUCAGCGAGGACAUCCGCAAGCUGACGGCCGACUGGACGCGGGCCCGCGACGAGCUGGAGCAGCGCGAGGCCGAGUGGAGGCGCGAGGAGGAGUCCUUCAAUGCCUACUUCAGCAGCGAGCAUGGCCGCCUGCUGACCCUCUGGAGGCAGGUGGUGGGCGUCCGGCGGCACGCCGGCGAGACCAAGGCCGCGGCGCAGAGGGAGCUGGCGGAGCUGCAGCAAGAGGCGGCCCGCGUGGCCCGGGCCGUGCACGGCGCCUGCCUGCGCCUGGGCGCCAGCCUGCGCCUGCAGCAGAGCCAGGCGGCGGCCGCCGGCGAGGCCCAGGCGCUGCGGCUCGCCAGCCUCGAGGAGCGCCUGCGGGAUGCCCAGUGCCACGAAAGCCGCCUGGGCACCAGCUUGGCGGAGGCGAUGGCCGUGGGCGCCGAGAAGGAGCAGGAGCUGCAGGCGCUGAAGUUGCAGCUGCAAAGCCUGGAGGCAGCGCAGGCCCGGCAGCUACCGCCGGAGGAGCUGGAGGCCCUGCGCACGGAGGCUGAGAGGCUGCAGCAGGCUCUUUGGGAUGUCACCCAGGCGGUGCUGGCGGACGCGGACGGCGCUGAGCCCCCGUGCCCCCCGCCGUCGCCGCCCAGCUCCCCCCACCGCAGCCUGGCGCCCGCUGCCGCUGAGGCCGCCCUGGCCGCCGUGCGUGCCGCCCUGCAGCGGAGGCGGCUGCAGCUGCAGGAGGCCCGGAGCGAGCGGGAGGCCGUCGAGGAGGCGGCGGGGCGCCUGCGGGAGCAGCUGGCCGCCGGGGCGGGCGAGCAGCGGGCGCUGGAGCAGCGGCUCGCCGGCCUGGAGGCCGAGGUGCGGGGCUGCCGGCAGGCUAAAGAGGAGGCCCUGCGCGACGCCGCCCGGCACCGCGCGGCCGCUGAGCGCCUCGGCAGCGAGAAGAGCGCCCUGGAGCAGGCCCUGGGGGCCGCGGAGCAGCGGGCGCUGGCGCUGGCGCAGGAGGCGGCGGGGCUGCGGCAGGCGCAGGCCGAGCUGCAGCGCCAGCACCGGGGGCUGCAGGAGGAGCGCGACGAGGUUGCCGGGGCCGCCGAGCGCGCCCGCCGCGAGCUCGAGGACAGCCGGCGGCUGCAGGAGCAGCUGGAGGAGGAGGUGUCACGGGCGCGCGAGGAGCUGCUGCUGGCGCAGGAAGCCCAGAGCCGCGCGGCGCUGGAGGCCGAGGUGGCGCAGGGCGAGCGGGACCAGCUGGCCGUGGCGCUGGGCAAGGCGGAGGCGAGCGGCGGGGAGCUGGCGGCGGCGCUGCGGGAGGCGCGGGCGGAGGCGGCGGCGGGCCGGGCGGCCCUGGCGGCACUGGGCGGCCUGGGCGAGAGCCUGGCGGGCGACAAGGCGCAGCUGGAGGGGCUGCUGGGGCGCCUGGAGGAGGAGAAGCGGGCCCUGGCGGGGCGGGCGGCGGCGGCGGCACGGGAGGCGGCGGCCGGGCGGGACGAGCUCCGCCGCGCCGGCGAGGAGGCCGAGGCCGAGCGGCGGCGCCUGGAGCGGGGCCGGCGGGCGGCCGAGGAGGAGGGCGAGCGCCUGCGGGUGGAGGUGCUGGGCCUGCAGCGGGAGCGGCAGCAGCUGCAGGAGCAGCUGGAGCAGGCGGCGGGGGCAGCGGGCGCGGAGCUGGCGCAGGCGCGGGGGGAGCAGGAGCGCCUGGCCGAGGCGCUGCGCCGGGCUGCCGGCGAGAAGGAGGCGCUGGCCCGCGAGGCGGCCGCCGGCCGGCGCGACGCCCAGCGCCAGGCCCACGAGCUGGACGCCCUCAGGGCGGAGAAGGCGGCGCUGGAGACGCGGCUCUCGGAGCUGCGGCAGCAGCUGGUGCGGCUCGGCGCCCGCACCGAGCACCUGGAGGCCGAGAGCCGGAGCCUGCUGCUGGCCAAGGAGGCGCUGCAAGCGGAGGUGGGCGCCGGGCGGCAGCGGCUGGCGGCCGAGGUGGGUCGCCUGGAGCGGGAGAAGGAGCAGCUGGCGCAGGCGGAGCGGGAGGCGCGGGCGGCGCGGCAGGGCGCCCGGGCGGCGCACGACGAGGCUGCCGAGCGCCUGCGGGCCGAGGCGGAGGCGCUGCGCCGCGAGCUGCGGGCCGAGCGGGAGGAGGCGGCACGGCGGCUGGCGCGGCACCGCCAGGAGCUGGAGGCCCGCGCCGAGGCCGAGCGGGCGCCGCUGGCCGCCGCGCUGGCCGACCUCCGGCGGCAGCGCCACGAGGGCCUGCUGCGGGCCGAAAGCGAGAAGCAGCAGGCGCUAUCGCAGAAGGAGGCGGAGAAGGUGGCGCUCUCGGAGAAGCUGGCCGGCGCCGAGCGGAGCCUGGCCGAGGCCGCGGCCAAGCUGGAGCGGCAGCGGCGCGAGGCCGCCGGGCGCCAGGAGCAGGAGCGGGGCCUGGCCGACGGCCUCGCUGCCGAGCUGCGGGCGCUGCGGGCACAGCUGGAGGAGGCCGCAGCAGCCGGCGAGCGGGAGGCCGCGGCCCUGCGGCAGCAGGCGGCGGAGCUGGGCAAGCAGCGGGACGCGGCCGCGCGGGAGGCAGAGGAGCUGCGGGCACAGCUGCGGCUGGCGGCGGAGGAGCGGGACGCGGGGCACCGGGAGCUGCUGGAGGCGCAGCGGGUGGCACGGGAGAGCCGCGAUGGCCAGGAGGCGCAGAGCAAGGAGGCGCGGGAGGCCCGCCGGGCCCUGGGCGAGGAGGCGCGGGAGAAGGAGGCCCUGCGGCGCUCCAACGAGGAGCUGCGGGCUGCCGUGCGGCGCGCCGAGGGCGAGCGCAUCAGCCUCAAGCGGGCCCUCGAGGAGCAGGAGCAGCGGCUGGCGGUGGCGGAGGCCGGGCAGGCGGCGGCGGGCCGCGAGGCGGCCGAGCUGCGGGCCAGCUUGCAGGAGGUGGAGCGGGGCCGCCUGGAGGCCCGUCGCCAGCUGCAGGAGCUGCGGCGGCAGGUGAAGACGCUGGACGGCGAGAGCUGCAAGAAGAGCAAGGAGCUGGCGGAGCUGCAGGAGCGCCUGGCGCGGGAGGAGCAGCGGGAGGAGGAGGGCCGACGCGAAGCCUUCGGCCUCAGGCAGAAGGUGGCGGAGAGCGAGGCCGAGCGGGAGAGCACCAGGAAGGAGCUGCAGGAGCUGCAGCGGCGGCUAGCGGAGGCGGCGGGCGAGUUUCGGCAGCGGGAGCGGGAGCUGGCGCGCAGCCUCGAGGAGGCGCGGGGCACCGAGAAGAAGCUGCUGGCCGACGCGCGCAACCUGCAGCUCAAGGCGGAGGCGGCGCGGGCCGAGGCGGCCGAGCGGGGCCUGCUGCUGAGCGCCGCCGAGGGCCGGGCCCGCGGCCUGGAGGCCGAGCUGGCCCGCGCCGAGGGGCUGCGGCGGGCCGCCGAGGGCCGCCUGGGCAGCCUGCGCUCGGCGCUGCGCCGCACCGCCGGCAUCGGCGCCCGGCGCCGCAGCCCCUCGCCCGGCGGCACCCGCUCCCCGCUCGCCGAAGCCACGACGCCCGGGCCCCUUUCCCCGCCGGCAUCGCCCGAGGACGACGCGGAGCCCGAGGCGGUGCGCGCCGCCCUGCGGGACUUCGUGCGGGAGCUGCGGGAGGCGCAGCGCGAACGGGAGGAGCUGCGGGCGCAGGUGGACGCGCUGCACCGGCGGCUGGCCGAGGCAGAGGCGGAGCGGGACGGCGCCAGCGCCCGGGCGCAGCAGCUCCAGCGGCUGGUGGCUGAGAGCGAGGAAGGGCGCCGGGGAGCCGACGGGAAGCUGAGCAGCGCCCAGACGGCGCUGCUGCUGCAGGAGGAGACGCUGCGGCGCGGCGGGCGCGAGCGCCGGGCGCUGCUCGACAAGGUGGCCGCGCUGGAGAGGAGCCUGCGCACGGCCGACGGCGACCGCCGAGCCUCCGAGGAGCGGCUGAGCGAGCUGAAAGCCGGCGAGGCCAAGCUGGAGGAGGCCAAGCGGCGCCUGGAUGAGGGGCUGGAGGCGGCCGAGAGCCGCGGCACCCGCCUGGAGCUGCAGCAGCGGGCGCUCGAGGGCGAGCUGCAGCGGGCCCGGCUGGCGCUGGGCGAGCGCGAGACGGAGGCGCGGGGCCUGCGGGAGCGCGCCGAGGAGCUCCAGCGGCAGCUCAGCGAGAGCGAGCAGCGGGCGGGCGCCCUGCAGCUCUCGGCGGACGGCCUGCGCGCGGCGCUGGCCAAGGCGGCAGAGGCUGAGGCCGGCCUCGAGGCCAAGACGCGGGGCCUGGCGGCGGCGCUGGCCGAGAGCUCCGCCGCGGCCGGGGCGGCGCAGGAGCAGCUGCAGCAGGCACAGGCAGCCGGCGAGCGCGAGCGCGACGCGCUGCAGGAGAGGCUGGAGACGGCCCGGCAGGAGCUGGCGGAGGCCGUGGCGGCGAAGGCCUCGCUGCAGGAGCAGCUGCGGGGGCUGCAGGACGAGCGCGCCGAGCUGCAGCGGCGCACGCGGGACCUGGAGGCCCAAGGCCGGCAGCAGCAGGAGCUGCUGCGGCAGCGGCAGGAGGGCGAGAGCGCGGCGCUGCGGGAGCUGCGGGCUGAGCGGCAGGCGCUGCGGGAGCGCCUCAGCAGCCUCCAGCGCGCCCUGGCCCAGCUCGAGAGCGAGAAGCGCGAGGCCGAGCGCUCGUCCCUGCGCCUCGAGAAGGACAAGACUGCUCUCAAGAAGACCCUGGAUAAGGUGGAGCGGGAGAAGCUGAAGACGCACGAGGACUCGCUGCGGCUCUCAGCAGAGAAGGGCCGGCUCGACCGCUCACUGGGCACGGCGGAGCAGGAGCUGGCCGAGGCCCAGCAGCGCAUCCGGCUGCUGGAGGCGCAGGUGACGGCUCUGGAGCAGCCGGUGAGCGCCGGGGCCGGGCAGCAGGAGCUGCAGCGGGAGCUGGAGCGCCUGCGGAGCGCCCAGCUGCAGGCCGAGCGGGCGCUGGAGGCACGGGAGCGGGCCCACCGCCACCGCGUCCGCGGCCUCGAGGAGCAGAUCGCGCUGCUGAAGGAGCAGCAGGCGCUGCAGCGCGGCCCCCUGCGCCUCCACCACUCCUCGCCGGCAACUCUAGGCACUCCGUAAACCACGUGGCGUGUUGCAUCCCAUCCCCAACAACAACCCCCCCCCCAAAAAAAAAAAAAAACCCAAAACCCUCAGCUACGGCAGAGACGGCUGCAACUCAUCACACGGGGGAGCCGCUUGGCAGGUCUUUGCCCUGGAAACCGGGGGCCGGCCCCCGUCCCGCAAACGCGGCUCCAGGCUUAUUUUUCCUCACCGUUGCUUUUUUUUGGGAAAAAAAAAAAAAAAAAAAAAAAGCAGUGUUUAACCCAAGAGAAGACACCACUAACGUAUUUUUGAUACAGGUAGGGGCCUGAUUGAGGUCUUUUUUUUUUUUUUUCCUACCGCCGUUUUUUAACAAGAGGUUUGGAAAUACUACUUUUUUUAACAUUUCCAGGAGAAAUCUGCGGGGAGCUCUUUGCCCCUGUCCCGAUGCUCUCUGAGCAGCCCGUCCUUGCGUUUAUAUAUCUAUAUAUAUAUAUAUUUGUUUUUUUAAAAAAACAGUCUAGGGUGGUCAAAUUAACCCCAGCCAAAACUCUGCCCUUUCCUGGGAAUAAAAGCAGCCACAGCAGAGCUGGCUUUGCCCAGGGAGAAGGGGGACGCAAACGGGCGAGCCGAUGUAACGCUCCGGAAUUAAUAAAAGUCGUUCGGGGUCUCUAAA